AUGGCCUGUCCCUGGCAGUUUCUGUUCAAGGCCAAAUCCUACAAGUACGACUUGACCGAGGAAACAGACAUUAACAACAACGUGGGGAAAGCCAGCCAGGCCCCCUCCAGUCUAGUGACACAGGAUGACCCCAAGUGUCACAGCCUCAGCAAGCACCGGGAUGAGUCCCCCCAGUCCCUCACAGGGACAGUAAAGACGUCUCCAGAAUCCACAAUCAAGCCAGCUGCGCCCCCACUGGCCUGCCCACGGCAUGUGAGGAUCAAAAACUGGGGCAACGGGAUGACCUUCCAAGACACACUUCACCACAAGGCCAAAGGGGAUCUCGCUUGCAAGUCCAAGUCUUGUCUGGGAGCCAUCAUGAACCCCAAAAGUUUGACCAGAGAACCCAGGGACAAGCCAACCCCCCCAGACGAGCUUCUACCUCAAGCCAUUGAAUUUGUCAACCAGUAUUACAGCUCCUUCAAAGAGGCAAAAAUAGAGGAACAUCUGGCCAGGGUGGAAGCAGUAACAAAGGAGAUAGAAACAACAGGAACCUAUCAGCUGACGGGGGAUGAGCUCAUCUUCGCCACCAAGCAGGCCUGGCGCAACGCUCCCCGCUGCAUCGGGAGGAUCCAGUGGUCCAACCUCCAGGUCUUUGAUGCCCGGAGCUGUUCCACUGCCAAGGAAAUGUUUGAGCACAUCUGCAGGCACCUGCGUUAUGCCAGCAACAAUGGCAACAUCAGGUCGGCCAUCACCGUGUUCCCCCAACGAACUGAUGGGAAGCAUGACUUCCGAGUCUGGAACGCCCAGCUCAUCCGCUAUGCUGGCUACCAGAUGCCCGAUGGCACCAUCCUGGGGGACCCUGCCAGUGUGGAGUUCACCCAGCUGUGCAUCGACCUGGGCUGGAAGCCCAAGUACGGCCGCUUUGAUGUGGUGCCUCUGGUGCUGCAGGCUGAUGGCCAAGACCCUGAGUUCUUCGAAAUCCCACCUGACCUUGUGCUCGAGGUACCCAUGGAACAUCCCAAGUAUGAGUGGUUCCGGGAGCUGGAGCUGAAGUGGUACGCCCUGCCUGCAGUGGCCAACAUGCUGCUUGAGGUGGGUGGCCUUGAGUUCCCAGGGUGCCCCUUCAACGGCUGGUACAUGGGCACGGAGAUUGGGGUCCGGGACUUCUGUGAUGUUCAGCGCUACAACAUCCUGGAGGAAGUGGGCAGAAGGAUGGGCCUGGAAACACACAAGCUGGCCUCACUCUGGAAGGACCGGGCUGUCAUUGAGAUCAAUGUCGCUGUACUCCACAGUUUCCAGAAGCAAAAUGUGACCAUCAUGGAUCACCACUCAGCUGCAGAGUCCUUCAUGAAGUACAUGCAGAGCGAGUACCGCUCCCGAGGGGGCUGCCCUGCCGACUGGAUUUGGCUGGUCCCCCCAAUUUCUGGGAGCAUCACUCCUGUGUUCCACCAGGAGAUGUUAAAUUAUGUCCUGUCCCCUUUCUACUACUACCAGGUGGAGGCCUGGAAAACCCACGUGUGGCAGGAUGAGAAGCGGAGACCCCAGAGGAGAAAGAUUCAACUUAAAGUCCUGGUUAAAGCUGUGCUUUUUGCCUCCAUGCUGAUGCGCAAGACCAUGGCAUCCCGAGUCAGAGUCACAAUCCUCUUUGCGACAGAGACGGGAAAGUCAGAAACGCUAGCCCGGGACCUAGGGGCCUUGUUCAGCUGCGCCUUCCACCCCAAGGUUCUCUGCAUGGACGAGUACAAGCUGAGCCACCUGGAGGAGGAGCAGCUACUGUUGGUGGUGACCAGCACGUUUGGGAACGGAGACUCCCCUGGCAAUGGAGAGAAACUAAAAAAAUCUCUCUUCAUGCUGAAAGAGCUUACCAACAAGUUCAGGUAUGCCGUGUUUGGCCUCGGCUCCAGCAUGUACCCUCAGUUCUGUGCCUUUGCUCAUGACAUCGACCAGAAGCUAUCGCAUCUGGGGGCCUCUCAGCUCGCCCCAAUAGGGGAAGGGGAUGAGCUCAGUGGACAGGAGGAAGCCUUCCGCUGCUGGGCCGUGCAAACCUUCAAGGCAGCCUGUGAGACGUUUGAUGUGCGAGGCAAACACUGCAUUCAGAUCCCCAGGCUCUACACUUCCAAUGUGACCUGGGACCCACACCAAUACAGGCUCGUGCAGGACUCGCAGCCUCUGGACCUCAACAAAGCCCUCAGCAGAAUGCAUGCCAAGAACGUGUUCACCCUGAGGCUCAAAUCACAACGGAAUCUACAGAGUCCAAAAUCCAGCCGCACCACUCUCCUGGUCGAGCUCUCCUGUGAGGACAGCCAGGAGCUGAGCUACCUGCCAGGAGAACAUCUCGGAGUUUUCCCAGGCAACCAGCUGGCCCUGGUGCAAGGCAUCUUGGAGCGAGUAGUAGACAGCCCUGCACCCCACCAGCCUGUGCACCUGGAGACCCUCAGCGAGAGGGGAAGCUACUGGGUCAGAGACAAGCGGCUGCCUCCGUGCUCACUCAGCCAGGCCCUCACCUACUUCCUGGACAUCACCACUCCCCCGACCCAGCUGCUGCUCCGAAAGCUGGCACAGCUGGCCACAGAAGAGGCCGAGAGGCAGAGGUUGGAGAUCCUGUGCCAGCCCUCAGAAUACAACAAGUGGAAGUUAACCAACAGUCCCACCUUCCUGGAGGUGCUGGAGGAGUUCCCAUCCCUGCGGGUGUCUGCUGGCUUCCUGCUCUCCCAGCUCCCUAUUCUGAAACCGCGGUACUACUCCAUCAGCUCCUCCAGGGACUGCACACCCAUGGAGGUCCACCUCACGGUGGCUGUGCUCGUGUACCCCACCCGAGAUGGCCAAGGUCCUUUGCACCAUGGUGUCUGUAGCACAUGGCUCAGCAACCUGAAGCCCCAAGACCCAGUACCCUGCUUUGUACGAAGUGCCGGCAACUUCAAGCUCCCCGAGGAUCCCUCCCGUCCUUGCAUCCUCAUUGGACCUGGCACAGGCAUCGCCCCCUUCCGCAGUUUCUGGCAGCAGCGGCUCCAUGACAUCAAGCACAAAGGGCUCCGGGGCAGCCGCAUGACCCUGGUGUUUGGGUGCCGCCGCCCAGAUGAGGACCACCUGUAUCGGGAGGAGAUGUUGGAGAUGGCCCAGAGUGGGGUGCUGCAUGAGGUGCACACAGCCUAUUCUCGCCUGCCUGGCCAGCCCAAGGUCUAUGUUCAAGACAUCCUGCGGCAGCAGCUGGCCAGCCAGGUGCUCCGCAUGCUCCAUGAGGAGCAGGGCCACCUUUAUGUCUGUGGGGAUGUGCGUAUGGCCCGGGAUGUGGCCCAUACCCUGAAGCACCUGGUGGCUGCCAAGCUGAGCCUGAGUGAAGAGCAAGUUGAGGACUAUUUUUUCCAGCUUAAGAGCCAGAAGCGCUAUCAUGAAGAUAUCUUUGGUGCUGUGUUUCCCUAUGAGGUGAAAAAAGAUGGUGCAGCAAAACAGCCCAGCGAUCCCAGAGUUCCAGCAGCCCACGGAAGAAGUUAAAGUUGCUGCCAUAGAAUUGAAUGAUGAAACCAACUCUCGAUUAUCCGAGGGCACAGGGCCUGGGGAGAUGGAAGGAAAUUGCAUCCCCGAGCCUCAUAUCUAUCUCCCCAGCUGCUUCCCCACCACACCCGAUACUUGACCUGGACUGUAUAGCACCCCAGACUGAGUGGAACCUCUUGUCUCCCUUGAGCCCACCCUUUCCAGGUAAUGGAGAGUUGGGCCUUCCAGGUCUCUUGAAGACUAAAUCUGCAGUGCCAGGCCCAGCUGAUGGGUGAGAAGGAUGGCACUUUCAUCUGAUUGCACCACUUUGAGUGACCAGCAGGAGACGAUGUCGUCCUGCCCUGUAUUUAUUUGCCCUGUGUACAGUUAUUUAUAACUCUGUAUUUAAAACAAAACAAAACAAAAACCCAGUCUUCUCUUAAGGGCCACUUGGGCCCUCCCUGUAUGACUCCUUGAUGGAGAUAUUUAUAUGAAAUGCAUUUUAUUUUAACCACA